ACCACCGCACAUCCCGUAAGCGCGGAUAUCGAGCCUCCCAACCUAAACGCUGUCCACUCCCUCAACCCUGUCCUCGAUCGAUACAUCUGAUGUGAGCGAUAUUUUCUUCGUUUCCGCAUUACAGUCCUUUCCGUGAACAGUACUUUCCGUGAGCUGCGACGUUGUCACGCCGAUAAUGAUGACUGGAGAUUCGUCGGCGACAGGCAGAGCGACCUCUGGCCCGUCGCCGUCGCUCGCGACGGGGUCUGUUGCAACGGACGUGCUAUCCGCCGCGCGCGAUCGCUGCUACAAGGCACGAGAUGCAUUCUACGCUUGCGUAGAGACAGCAGCAGCAGCACCAGCAGCAGCAGCAGAGGCAACAAUCGCAACACCUGCUGGUGCUCGGGACCAACCAGCUGGGGCUGCAGCAGGAGCAGACGGGAGAGGUACAUCAGAAGCUGCUGCCAGUGGCAGCAGCAGCAGCAGCAACGAUACCCAUGCCAGCAGUUUACCAUCAUCCAGCACAUCGGCAGCAUCAACAGCAUUGCCAAGAUCACCACGCUCGAGAUCACCAUCGUCAAAGGCCUUGGAUUAUCCUCCUUGUUGUCAGUCAGCGCGCUCUCUUUAUGAGCAGUCCUGCCGACCUGCAUGGGUUUUGCACUUUGAUCGGCUGUACAUAGUAGAGAGAAAAAUGAACAGUGUUGUACGGUUUUCCAAAAAUGGAAGUUCGUGAUAUAGCAACUCAAGAUAGGUGUGGUUGCCACCUUUAUGUCUUUAAAGUUUGCUGCUGCUGUAAUUCAAGUUGUGGAAAUCUUUGUGU